CUUUCUUUUUCACUUCAGAAAAAGCCCAUCACACAAUACAGCCUGCAACGGAGGAAAAGGCCUCAAUUCAGCAAGAGCUAACAUGCUUAGGAAUUUAUUUCGGAACCUUUAAAAGACACUUCUGCCUCCAGCAUCUGGGAUCCACUGCAGGAACACCAAAAAGGAAAACUUUGUUUAAAAGGAAUAAGAAGUAAACGAAAACAAAUUGGGAAUGUUCAAGUCUCUGGAACUCUGCACUGAAAAGCAAAAUAAGAUUGAUAACUUCAGCUUAAACAUUCCGGAGCUUAAAGAAACUUUAAUUUUGCAACAUUCAUCUUGACUACUGGAAUACAAGUUUACAAGACAAGCAGUUUUACUGCCAUCUUGAAAAGCAGUUUUUUCUUUAAAUGUAUAAUCCUCUGAGUUGGCUAUAUUCGAAUGCAUUUUUAAAAGAAGUUUCUCAUCAGUGAACCAACCCCUGGAUUCACCGAUUUUUCUGGAGUCCAGAAAAUGAGAGUAUUUUCCUGUUGAAGAAACAAGUGGAAACUCUACAGCAGCAAAUUUCAUGUUUCUUCUGGAGAUUUCGGAGAAAAAGGAAAUAUUAAUAAAACCACCCAAAUAUCCAAAGAAUCUGAACAUGUACCAGAGGUGAUAAACUAGUUACAAUCAAAAUAUCAAAGGAGACUGCAGCUGACAAAAGAACUUCCACACUUUCCCCAUUGAAGAAGCAAGUGGAAACUUUACAGCAGCAAAUUGCACAUUUCUUUUGCAGAUUUGGAGAAAAAGGAAAUAUUAAUAAAACCACCCAAAGAUAAAAAAGAAUUUGCAUAUAUAUGGGAGGUUUUAAACUGGUUACAAUCUGAAUACCAAAGGAGAUUGCAGCUGACAAAAGGACUUUAACACUGUAAACUGGAAGUGCCUUUACAAUGGUAAGCAUUAACAGCUCCAACUGUUCCUAUGAUGACUCUUUCAAGUAUACUUUGUACGGGUGCAUGUUUAGUAUGGUGUUUGUGCUUGGGUUAAUAUCCAAUUGUGUUGCCAUAUACAUUUUCAUCUGCACACUCAAAGUGCGAAAUGAAACUACGACUUACAUGAUUAACUUGGCAAUGUCAGACUUGAUUUUUGUUUUUACUUUACCCUUCAGGAUUUUUUACUUUGCAACACGGAAUUGGCCAUUUGGAGAUUUACUUUGUAAGAUUUCAGUGAUGUUGUUCUAUACCAACAUGUAUGGAAGCAUUCUAUUCUUAACCUGUAUUAGUGUAGAUCGAUUUCUGGCAAUCGUCUACCCAUUUAAGUCAAAGACUCUAAGAACCAAGCGAAAUGCAAAAACUGUGUGCAUUGCUGUGUGGUUAACUGUGAUGGGAGGCAGUGCACCAGCAGUUUUUUUUCAGUCUACCCACUCUCAAGAUAAUAAUACCUCAAAAGCCUGCUUUGAAAAUUUUCCAGAAGCCACGUGGAAAACCUAUCUUUCAAGGAUUGUAAUUUUUAUUGAAAUAGUGGGGUUUUUUAUUCCUCUAAUUUUAAACGUAACCUGUUCUAGUAUGGUGCUAAGAACUUUAAAUAAACCUGUUACAUUAAGUAGAAGCAAAAUAAACAAAACUAAGGUUUUAAAAAUGAUUUUUGUACAUUUGGUCAUAUUCUGUUCCUGUUUUGUGCCUUAUAAUAUCAACCUUAUUUUCUAUUCUCUUAUGAGAACACAAACAUUUGUGAAUUGCUCAGUAGUGACGGCAGUAAGGACAAUGUACCCAAUCACUCUCUGUAUUGCUGUUUCAAACUGUUGUUUUGAUCCUGUAAUUUACUACUUUACAUCGGACACAAUUCAAAAUUCAAUAAAAUUGAAAAACUGGUCUGUUAGGAGAAGUGAUUUCAGAUUCUCUGAAGUUCAAGGAACGGAGAACUUUAUUCAACACAACAUACAGACCUUAAAAAGUAAGAUAUUUGACAAUGAAUCUACAAUAUAAGCUGCCUGAAAUAAAACUACUGGGACUUCACUGGAACAGAACCUACAUAAGCUCCUUCAACUGUGAAAAGUGGUUUGGACAAACUUUCUCACCUUGGAAAGAUAAUAAACACAUGGACAUUUUAAAGGUUUUAGUAUAAAGAAAAAUUGAGUUCAUUGUGUUAGGCAUUAAAAUAUAUUCCGUUCUUGUAUACACUC